AUGAGUCAUGUUAAGGGCAUUAUUCGUAGUAUCACAUUUGAUUAUGAAGAUCCAAAUGAGAUUACAUACCAUUGCGACAGUCAAGGUAAACUUCAACUUCCCAAGAAAAACCCACGAACACAACAUGAGAUGAUUUUAACUCAAUCUCAAUUCUGCAAGACUUCAAUCAGCACACAUCCUCCUAUGAACACUCCCUUUCCUAUUCCUGAGAUCAGACAUGUUGCAACACGGGAACAGAUGCAAGAGCGAGGACAAGAAGAGUUUCAACCUUCUGGCAGUAUUUCUGAAGUUAAUCUUGAUGACCUCAAUUUAGGUGUUGAUAAUCCCCUGGAAAUUCCUCUUCCAGAUGAUCUUGAAUCAUAUUUCGGCACUUUUGAAUCCUGA